UUAAGUGGGAAGUGGAGACCAAGACUUCGAGCAAUAGGAAACAAUGUCCCGGCCGUGGAUGUAGCCAUUGUAUGCUGCAAAGAGCCACUAGCGAUCAUCCUGGAUACCGUUCGCGCAGUUCUAAACAUUGAUUACCCGGAUAGUCAGUUUCGCCUUGUGGUUUCAGAUGAUGGUGAUCAACCAGAAGUUAGACAGGGAGUUGCAGAGAUUCAGGCUGAGUUCCCUUGCCGUAAACUAUUCUAUACAGCGCGUCAAAAAACCGCACAAAACAGCCAUAAAGCCGGCAACCUCAACCAUGCGCUCGAGUUUUACACUUCUCUACCUGGAGAGCCUGCACCGUUCUUCGCAGGAAUCGAUGCGGACAUGAUAGUUGAGAAAAGAUGGCUUCGAGCACAGAUUGGCUAUUUGAUGGUAGAUCCCGCGCUCGCAUUCACUUGUCCACCACCCCGUUUUUAUAAUCUACCAGUCAAUGAUCCUUUAUCACAGUCACUUCUUAUCUUCCAGAGAUACGAAGAAAUUGUAAAAGACAGGGCUGGAUUUCCUUGGUGUACGGGUUCGGGAUGGAUUAUGCGACGAACAGCCUUGGAUCAGAUUGGCGGAUUUCCGGAUGGUUCACUGACGGAGGAUCUUCUUUGUGGUAAUCUUUUACUUGGAAAAGGUUGGAAGGCAGCGUAUGCAAUGGAGACGCUACAAUGGGGUCUUGUCCCUGAUUCUUAUUAUUCACACGUACAACAGCGGAAGAGAUGGAGUGUUGGUGCCUCACAGGCCGGAAUCCUCAUGAAAUUCUGUCUCACUGGAUCAAAGGCUCGUCAAAUGACUGUUUUCCAGAGGGUGUUUGGGUUUUUCUAUCCAAUGCAGAGCGUAGCAUCUACAUUGGGAGUGUUUGGAGUUCUUGGAUACUUAAUAUCCUUUCUAUGCGGGAUAAGUGCGGCCCAAUACUCAAACGAUGAGGAGUUGAAGUCACUCGUAAGGCUGUCAUGUCUAACUCACCUCUUCUACUUUGUACGUCUUUGCCAGAUAUCUGUGCUGGGAGGGGUAGCGGCUACAUUUCGUGAGAUGGUGUCAUCGCAUUUCCUCAUACCAUACUUCGCCUACGAUCACUGGAAGACAUUUCUCCUCCCUCGAUGGCUAGGAGGCAGACCAGAGCCUUUCAGUGCACGUUUUGUUGCAACUGGUAGUAUUGUCGAUGAUUUGCAUGAGUGGAAUCCCUUAAGACGGGCCCCACUCUACCGCCGAUUGAAGUCAGUGCUGAUUAAAGACGGUGCUAUAUUCCAGAUAUUCAUAGCCUUCGCUCACAUCGUGGGAGUAGGCCUGAACCUAAAAAGAGCGUUCGCUCUGCAUGAGCCCUACACUAAGGGUUUCAACAUCUAUCUUCUAACACGAAUAUUCUGGGUUCCUGUUUCGUGGCCGCUGAAUAUUGCGGUCUUUAUACGUCCGCUCCAGUAUGUGCUGUUUCCACCAUCGGUUGCAGACCGAGAAUCGCUUCUAGAUCGCGACGAUAAGGGAGUUGCGUACCCAAAGGCCAGUGCUAGAGUGCCAAAAUUCACUCAUUUAGGACUUGGAAUGGAGCUUUUUUGGCUUCUGCAGGCGAUUUAUGCCUUAUUUAUGCUGAUUAGUACAUUUUACUACUAA